AUCCACUUGGCUUGGAUUGCUCUCUUUUUUCAUUCUUCCCUUCCCUGCAAUGUCCAUUCCAAAAUUCUAUUCUACAUUCUUCAUUCCAAACUAACUUCAGCAGCCAAUAACCUUCAUCACAAAAACCACUCAUGGCUGUCACCGAUUUCUUUGCCGGCGAGAUCGCUACGGAGCUUCUGAAGACCCUCGCAACCAUAGUCCGUAAAUCCUGCUUCUGCAAAUCAAGCGCCGAGAGCCUCAUUAUACACAUUAAUGCGCUCCUUCCCACCAUUGAGGAGAUCAAGUACAUCGGCGUCGAGCUCAAACCCGAUCGCCAGUUCCAGCUCGACCGAUUCUCCGAGACUCUCAAGCAAGGCCUCGAGCUCGCCAACAAGGUCCUGAGGACAGGUCGGUUGAACGUCUAUAAGAACCUGAGACUGACCCGGAAGAUGGAAAAGCUCGAGAAGACCAUAUCCCAGUACAUGAACGGCCCAUUCAAGGCCAAUAUCUUGGCAGACGUCCACCACCUCCGGUUCGAUAUGGCCGCGGGGUUCGAGCGCAUGGGCAAGUUUCACGAGCGGCUGGAGCAGAGGCUUGGCUCCUUGAAAAUCGGCGGUGGAGAAGCAGGAGGGUUGAUGGAGGAGGCCUUGAAGAGAGCGGAGGAAGUGGAACAGAUGAACUGGGAGGGAAAUUUGACCAAUUUCGGUUUGGAUUUGGGUAAGAGGAAGGUAAAGGAGAUGGUUCUUGGGAACGAUUCGAGUGUCGUUGGGAUUCGUGGCAUUGGAGGUUCCGGUAAAACUACCCUGGCUAAAGAAAUUUGGAGAGAUGAAGAGGUUCGAACUCAUUUCAACGACAGGAUUUUGUUCUUGACGGUUUCACAAUCUCCGAAUGUGGACAAUCUGUUGAGGAGGAUUGGGGGAUUCAUUAUGGGGAACGAAAAUCUGGAUCCAAACUACGUCGUUCCUCAAUGGAGCCUGCAAUGUCAAUGGAGAGCAAGUGUUCGAACUCUGGUGAUUUUGGAUGACGUGUGGUCACUCCCGGAGCUUCAACGGUUGAUUUCGAAAAUACCCGGUUGCACAUGGCUUGUUGUUUCCCGGUUCAAGUUUCAAACCAUUAUCAGCGACACUUACGAAGUGGAGUUAUUGAGGGAAAGCGAUGCCCUCUCUCUGUUUUGCCACUCUGCCUUUGGGCAAAAAACGCUACCUCCCGGCGCUAAUGUAAAUUUGGUCAAGCAGAUUGUGAGCGAGUGUAAAGGGCUUCCCUUGGCUCUUAAAGUCAUUGGUGCUUCGUUAAAAGACCAGGCUGAAAUGUAUUGGGCAAGCGCCAAAAACCGGUUAUCGCGUGGGGAACCCAUUGACGACUCCCACGAGAGCGAUCUCCUCGCGAGGAUGGAGAUGAGUGUGAAAUGUCUGGCCGAGAAAGUCAGGCAGUGUUUCUUGGAUUUGGGAGCAUUUCCCGAGGACAAGAAGAUACCGCUUGAUGUCCUCAUCAACAUGUGGGUCGAACUACAUGAUAUCGAUGAGGAAGAAGCCUUCGCAAUCCUUGUUGAGCUUGCAAACAAAAAUUUACUCACCCUUGUGAAAGAUGCAAGAGAUAGCGAUGUAUACAGCAGUUACUAUGAUAUUGCUGUUACUCAGCAUGAUGUCUUGAGGGACCUUGCCCUCCAUAUAAGCAAUCGGGACAGUAUAAGCCAGCGCGAGCGAUUGCUUAUGCCAAGGAGAGAGACAGCUCUUCCAAAAGAAUGGGAGAGGAAUUCAGACAAACCAUUUAACGCUCGGAUUGUUUCAAUCCAUACAGGCGAAAUGAAUGAAAUGGACUGGUUCCAGAUGGAGUUUCCCAAGGCUGAAGUUCUCAUACUGAACUUCUCAUCCAAGCAGUACUUUUUACCAAGCUUCUUGGACAACAUGCCCAAGCUCCGGGCACUCAUAAUUAUCAAUUACAAUUCGGCUAAUGCAACACUUAGAAAUUUUCCUGAAUUUCUGAGUUUGACAAAUUUGAGGAGUCUUUGGCUGGAAAAGGUCUCUGUACCUCAAUUAUCCAAUUCCACUCUUCCCCUCAAAUACUUGAGGAAGUUAUCUAUAAUCCUCUGUGAUGUCAAAAAUAGCUUUGAUCAGUCACUGUUAGACCUGCCUUAUACCUUCCCUUCGUUGUACGAACUAACAAUUGAUCAUUGCGAGGAUUUAUUUGAAUUACCUCCAACCAUUUGUGAGAUGCAAUGCCUCAAGACACUGAGUAUCACCAACUGCCACAAUCUAAAGCAGUUACCAGCUAAUCUGGGAAAACUCAGGUCUCUACAAAUCUUGAGGUUAUAUGCAUGCCCUGAACUAAGGGAGCUUCCUUCUGGAAUCUGUGAACUACUUGGGUUGAAGUACCUUGACAUUUCUCAGUGUCUUAAACUUUCUCGUCUUCCUCAAGGGAUAGAUAGACUGUCAAGCUUAGAAAAGAUUGACAUGAGAGAGUGUUCAAGGUUCAGCAGUUUACCCAAGUUUGCUGCUUCAUCACAGUCUCUACGUCACGUGAUCUGUGACGACGAGGUCUCUUGGCUGUGGGAGAGUACCAAGAAGGCAUUGCCCAAUCUUCACAUUCAGGUUGCUGAGACACAGUACAGCCUAGACUGGCUUGACGAGUAGUAAACACAACCAUUUUAUGAUAUCGUAUGCUCAACAUAAAAUGUGUUUGCCCCAUGUGUAUAUUGUUUGUAAAUAAAUUUAGAGUCUGAUCAGAUCAGAAGUUGUGUUGUGUGUUC